AUUCAUUAUGAAACCAUCAAUUGCAUUUAAAAGGCUUACAAAACUAAGAAAACUAACAAGGCAUGUAACCGACAAAACAUACUAAGCUAUUAAGGCUAUUCGGUGUGGAGUAUGGUAGUACUUAAACGAUGCUCUGUCAUGUGGACGUUACGUAAGCGGGGUGUAAGGAUCGACCUAUAUAAUAUAUAUAUAUAUGAACUCAUGCAGGCCCGACCUUGGGUAUGGGCGAGGUGGGCGACAACCCCAAAACCCAAACUCUCGAAAGGCCCAUAAAUUAUAUUUUCAUAAAAUAUAUUUUAUUUAGUUGUGUGAGCGAUAACUUUUUAGCAUAUCACUCAUCAUGAAUUGCUCUAAGACUAGAAGGUAUGGGGGCCGGCUUGGCCCGGCUUGGCCCGGCGCCGGACCCCCACACCGCCCCCCUGGCCCGGCAAGCAUCACAACCGGCAACCACAAGCCGGGUGUGCCGCCCCAAAUCUCAAAAAUUCAACCGUUGAGUAACGGCUAGAUUAUUAAAAAAAAAAAAAAAUUCAAUUUCCUUUUAAAUAAAUACCAUAAUCCCAAUCCAUUUUUAUACCAUUUUCUCUCAUUCUACUCCCAUUCUUCUCCAUUUCUCAUCCUUUUUUAUAAAAAUACUCUAUAUUUUUUAUACCAUUCUCUACCAAACAUGAAUCCAUUCAACCCAAACAACCCCAACCCAAACAACCCCAACCCAAAUAAUCCCAAUCCGAACCAACCUAAUUUUUUUUCGAGUCCCGCUUACACUCCGACUAUGGAUCCUUCGUGGGGGACUUCGCAAUUUCCGUUUUCGGGUUUCCAACAAGUUCAACAAACACCCAACGCCUUCUCACAAAUGUCUCAACUUCAACAAGUUCAACAAUAUCAAGCGCUCCAACAAUUCAUGCAACGCAACACGUUUGAACAACUCCAAUCGCAAUCGCAACCCCCGGUUCAACUUGAAGAUGAUGAUGAAGAAGUCGUCCCCGAAUCACCACCGCAAGAGCUCACGCGAAAAAAAAACAAGGGGAAGGGAAAGAAGGUUGUUGAACCCGAAACCGCGGAAAAACCGAAACCAAGGGGGAGACCUUGGACGAAAGUAGAAGAGGAGGCGCUAGCUAUGGCGUAUGUUAAGGCUUCUACUUGCCCGAUAGUCGGAAACAACCAAUCGGGUACUAGUUUUUGGAGGAAGACAACGGAGAGGUUUAACGCGAUUAUGGAGCAUGGUCCGGCUCGUGAUGUCGAAUCCGUCUCGGCCAAGUGGCGAAAAAUGAUCAAGGUCGUCAACGCCUUUAAUCAAAUUUAUAACCAAAUUUACCUUAAUCCUCCAAGCGGGAGUAACGAGGCGGACAUUCUUAACCUUGCUAUCGCCAAGUGGGACUCUGAAAAUUCAACGCCUUUCCCGCACUUCCGAGCAUGGAAAGUUGUAAGUAAAGAACAAAAAUGGAAGCCGAUUCCAAAUGAGGUCGCAACGGCCAAACGCACUAAAACUUCCGAGUCCGGAAGUUAUAGUGCGGGAGGCUCCACCGCUCGAUGUCAAAUCGACAUAAACGACGACCCGGAAGAUGACGAGGAUGUCUUGCCCGUUCACGAGUCGGAACGUCCCCCCGGGAGGGACAAAGCAAAAAAAGAAGCGGCCGGAAAGCGAAAAGUGGCCGGCUCGAGUGGAGGUGGCGGCUCGAGUGGAGGUAGGGGCGAAAAGGCAUCGUCAAAAAUGGACGACUUGAUAAGCGAAUUCCGUUCGUUCAAACAGUUCGCGGCCGAAAAGUAUUCUCACAAGAAAAACGUGUCGUCCGACUAUGCUCGAGCGGAAGAUUUUAGGAUUAUGCGAUUGGAUCUCGACUCGGUUCCGGAGGAUGAACGCGAGGUUUAUCGGAGGAUGAAAGAAGAGGUGAAAAAAAAUGGACGUCGUAGGUUUUAGGAAACGUAAUUUUUUUAUUUUUUAUAUUCGGUUUCUUUUUUUUUUAGGAAAUGUAAUUGUUUUUAUUUUU